GUCCAGUCGGAGAGCGCGCACGCACCUCUCGUGGGGGCAGAGAGAAAGAGAGAGAGAGAGAGAGAGAGAGAGACGUGUGAUUUCUCUUUGUACUGAAUGAAGAGUUGAGGCCGGCUCUGCUCCUGCUGCCUUGUCUUUUUUUUUUUAUACACGCAGAGUUUGCAUGCUGUAAAUAGCCCAAUAAGCCGGUUUACUCUUUACGUUUCACCGUACGCGUCGCUCCCGUUUGUUUUGUAGAAGCCGUCGAGACACUGCCAAUGUCCCUUUGAGCGUUUUUUUUUUUUUGGACAACAAAAGCAUCAGGUCCACAAAACGUUGUUUCUUCGGGGGAUUUCAAGUCACACAUUCAUCAGCCGGGAUUUUUACAGUGCGGACGCACACACACCGCUUCGCCUCCUUACCACACUUCUACACCUUCCGGAGAGGGGGGGAAAUAUUUUUCCUUUCUCACCCAAACCCCGAGCGACCAUGGCUGCUGUAACAAGCCCGGAGACGAGCCCUCAACCCCGGGUAUAUUUCCAGACGCCGGCCGGCACCACGGAGGAACCGGAGACACCCGUUCGCAAGCAGGGACGAGUCACCGUCAAAUACGACCGCAAGGAGCUGAGGAAGAGACUGAACCUGGAGGAGUGGAUUAUCGACCAGCUAACGGACCUCUACGACUGUGAGGAGGAGGCCAUCCCAGAGCUGGAGAUAGACGUGGAUGAGCUGCUGGACAUGCCCAGUGACGUUGAACGGGCAGCCAGGGUCAAGGACUUGCUGGUUGACUGUUUUAAACCUACUGAGGACUUCAUCUCAGAGCUGCUCGACAAGAUCCGAGGGAUGCAGAAGCUCUCCACGCCUCAGAAGAAAUGAUGGCGUCCUUUCUCCUCCUCCUCCUCCACCUCUUCCGCCUCCUCUUCCCUCCACCUCAGCCCUCACCUCUCGUCUUCCUACCGCGCUUUCAACCCUUUUAUUUUGAUGUCAGUUUUCCUCCAUUGAAGAGCUUCAGUGAAUUACUCUGAACCUCGUUUCCUCUCUGGUCUUUAGGCCCUUUUUUUCCCCCACCUCUUUCUCUCUUGUCGCCCGGAUGCAGACCCUUAAAUCGCUUUUUGUUUUUCAGUUUUUGCGACCUCGCCUUGUUAUUUGUCGGACUUCCUUCUUGAAAACGAUCCGCAAAGAAGGAGAAGUAAAAGAAUGUGCAACAACGAGGGCCAAAACGGCAACAACGACGAGCGAUUCGUUGGUCUUCAUCCAGGCACUCUUUUUCACUCCUGCUCCUCCUUCACCCUUUUGUUUGGCUUCACUUCUCUUCCUCAUCCAGCUCUUCUUCCUCCCACCCUCCCUCACACUUCUCUCCAUCUGUCUGAGGAGGAGGAGGAGGAGGAGGAGGAGAGGGGCUGAGAUGAGAUGAGCCCCAUAAUUAGUGAGAGCGGAGCGGGCCGAGAGUGGGAAGAAGAACAAGAGAAGGAGUCUGCGAUGGCCAAGAAAAGAGUGGAAGGAGGGAAACGGCCAAUCAGCUUGAAGCAGCUUGAAUUAAUGCUUAUGUCUCUACCAAUGAGAUUCCUUAUUUUGUUAUUUGUAUGGGGUAUAAACUUGUAAAUGAUCCAGCUAUCAAACCAUGACUCUUCUGAUGUUUCUAGUUCAGUUUGAGGGCAUGGGAAUAUUCACUUGACUUUAGUUUUUUAAUUUUAAACUUUAUUUUGGAGGGGGGCGGGGUGCGUACAGUCUUUUUCAGAUCACCCCCGCCCCCUCCUCGUAAUCAGAGGCAUUUGCUACAGUGGUGCAUUUAAAGACUGUCGUUUUUUUUUUGUGUGUGUGUGCGCGUGUGUGUGUGUGUAUCUGUUGAAAAAAAUCUGCACUAUGUUAUUCUGGGAAGAAAAAUUUUAAAAAACCUCUGACCACGCAGAAUAGUGUAUGGUGCAUCUUUUUAGUCCAACAAAGAGGAAAAUUUGUUCCUCGGAAAUAGUGGAAGUCACUGGUUGGCUGUGGCGGUCAUACGGUCCAACUCGUUUUAGAAUAAAAGAUCUUCCCUUGAGGCUAGAGUAGAAAUAGGUUGUCUUAGGUCGGGGUGUGCAGGAAUAGAAACUCCUUGAAAAAUACUGAGAAAAAAAACAAAAAACAACAAAAAGAGCGACGUGUGUUUUUUCUUGCCUCAAAUGCGCGGUGCAGGCUCUUUUUAGAAGCCACUGCUGUCCGGCCUGCACAUACAUAUGUACGUCUGUGUGUUGCUAAAUGCUACGUGUGUGUGUUGCUACAUAAUGUACAGCAACAUUGAUAAUAGGAGUGUUUUUUUUUUUGUUUUUUUCUUGGCCUGUAUAUUCUGCUGUUCUGUACGACAAAUUUAGAUUUUUAGUAUAGGACUGGUUCCUGUUUUGGGGGAUUUCUUUCGGGAUGCAUUUUGUCACACACACACACACACUGACAGUCCAACAGGAGGACCCAGAACAAAGCUGCCUUGUUUGUUUUGUUUUUAUUUUACUCUACCCUCUUCUGUCUGUCUCUUUUUUUUCUCAGUUCAGAGCAUCACACGUACAUGGAAACUCUGAAAAUGUCCAUGAUGGUGUAGAAACUGUCCUCUGCCUGUCAGGAAACCCACCAAUGAGACAUCUGGAUGGGAGGGAUGGAGGGAGGCAGGCCACUGUUUUACAUUGAAGCUGUCUAAAAUGCAUUCCCCCUUCUUUCUUUUCUUUCUUUCUCACACACACACACACUCACACUCACAGGCCACCCUCGGGGCGGAGGAAACGGAAACACAUUAGCAAACACAGCUGCCUCUCACACAGAUGUGUGCACACACACACACACACACAUACUAAGCACUGAGAUUGAGAGAGAGGGAGAUAGACUGGUCCAUAGCUGUCACAAGAUCUGUGUGUUUAGCUGCUGCAGCUGCCAAUCAUCUCUGAGAAUAAGCCAUCUGUUUCUCAUUCUGAGCCAAUCAGAUCGGAGACGGAAGCCCAUCAGCCAAUCAGAGAAGCGGUAACAUUUUGCUGCGAUUCCUGCAGCCAACAGCUAACACCUGCGGUGACAGCAGACCUCCACUGUCUGUCUCCUCCUCUCUCUGUGCCAGCACACACACACACACACACACACACACACACACACACACACACUCUGGCCCAUUUUCAUCUUGCUGCUCUGUCAUUUCUCCCUGGCAUCCCCUCUUUCCUCCUCCUCCCAUCCGUUUUCAUCCUUCUGUCCACCCUCCCUUCUUUCCUUUCCUCAGUUUCCUUUCCUUUUUGUUUUUUCUUUUUAAAAAACAGAUGUUGCCUUAGGUAUUAUUUAUGUUACACAAACCAAAUAAACGGGAGACAUUCAUUUUUAAAAAGGUAACACAAACUGCUAAAAAAAAAACCGUGUUACUGAGCAGAACUGCGACGUGGAGAAUCUCAGAUCUUCUGUCGCUCCUUUUCUUUUUUUUUUUUUUUUGGAAAACAAAAUGAGAUUCUGUUGGGUUUUUUUUAGAAGUGAGUGUUUAAUACUUAGGCCUUGAUACAGUGAUUUUGUUUAGAUAAAACAAUGUUCUUUACAUUUACCAUUUGAAUACUGCUCUGUUUUUAUUGUGAUCAUGACACUUCUUGAUGCCAGGCCUUGGAUUAACUUGUAGUUGAAUCAAAAAUCCAUUCAGAUGCUUUUCGGUGCGAUUGCUCUUGCCUUUUCUGUGUGGUUUGCAUGGUCUGCAUAUUUUGGAGACGUUUGGAUUGGUCAGAUUGUACCAGGCAAGCUCAAUUAGUAGCUGAAUUUGAGUGGAUUUUUUUUUUCUUUCUGAAUCCAGGUUUGGAUUAUACCUUCUUAGACUGUUAUUGAGAAGUCUGUUUUUUUUUUUUACUGUUGGGGAAAAUUGCAAAAAAUAUAUAUACUGAUUAUUAUCAUCGAGGCUAAAUACAAGAGCUAAACCAUGUGGAUUGGAGGAGUGGGAGUGUUUUUUUGGACAAUGAUUAGAUCAAACCAACAAACAAAUGUAGCAAUAUCAACAACAGGUCUUGUUUUUGCCCAAUUUUGUUACACUUUUAUGCAACUUUAAUAAAAACAUGUAAAAUGGA